GAUCACACAAAGAGGAGAAAGAAAACAUGUCUGGAUUCAGAUCACUCAGCUUGUCUCUAGGUCUGAUUCUGGUGCUGCAGGUAAAAGCAACAAAGCAAAGUUUUCCAUCCGUCCUAGUGAGAGGAGGAGAUGAAGCCAGGCUGUCCUGUAAAAACAUGAUUGAUCAGAAUAACUGCAUACGAACCAACUGGUUGUUCAGUAAACCAGCUCAGAAAACGGCCAUAGAUUUGGUUAAAUUCGGUCAAACUAAUGAAACUCAGGCUUCCAGAGCUAGAGGAGAUAGACUGCAUGUCUCAGCAAACUGCUCUCUGAUCAUUCAGAGAGUCACAGCUGCAGAUGUUGGAACGUAUCACUGCCAACAAGUUUUCAACCAAACAGGAAAGGAGACUACAUACUCUGCCUUUUUAUCUCUCGUUAACUUAACUGCAGAGGAGGAGGAUGAUGAGGUGACGCUAAGCUGCUCUGUGCUUUCCAAUGAUCCAUGUAGUUACAGUUUAAAAUGGCUUUUAAGGGGUCAAGAUAUUGAUAAAGAUAACAAAGCUCUGGAGACAGAACAGUCAAACUGUGCUGCCAAAGUCACUUUUCAGACUUCUCGUUACGUUUAUGAGCCGGGCUAUUAUAAUUCACUGCAAUGUGAAGUAACAGAAACUGGAGCCAAAAGAAAGCAGAUGUUUGUCUUUGGAUCUCGAAGCUCAGAUGCAUGGUGGUGGUUGUUCCUCGUUGUAGGUGUCAGUUUGGUGGCUUGCCUGUUUGCUGCUUGGCUUCUGAUCAAAAGGAGAAGGAUUAAAGGGAAGAGAACACACUUAGAUGAAAACCUGGAUGAAACAGAUGCAGCCAUCUCAUAUGCUACUAUCAUCCUCACGAAGACUAACAAUCAGGUUCGAGGAAGUGAUACUGCAGUCACCUACAGCGCCGUCAGAGUUGGAGCAUCCCCUCAUCCAAGCGACCAUUAUGCAUCUAUUAGAUAACCAACAUUGUGUAUUUGUUAAUUUUUCUACUGGAAGGUCAAGAUUUUUAUGCAACAAAAACAUUAAAAGAUAUAAAAUUCCUUUCACUUUUUGAGGGGAGGCAACAUUUUGAUCACAGUUGCAAACAUUUGCAAACACGAGCUGAACUAUGGAUUGGAAAGGUGGCUUUAAAACAGGCAAUAACUGAAUGUAUACUAAACUCAAUCCAUCCAGUGUGAUUAUACAGGCUAGCAGUCUCCACAAGGGGGAGGUGUAGGUUAUGCAAUUAGCUCCUGUGUAAUGCUCUUAAAUUAUACCAUUCUUUAUUUCCUCUAAAGUUUAUAUGUUUGUUAAAUAUGACUAUGUGUAACCUGAGUCCAAGAUUUUUAUUUUGCACAAAAUAUUGAUUGAUAUAUCUGUUUUUGAUGUGGACUGCCUGCAUAAAAAUAACCUUUUCAUCCAAGCUAAGAUUUAUUUUGCAAGGAACCACUGGAAAUAAAGUAAGAUUUUUAGAUGUGUACAGCUGGUUUGUCUGAGUUUGAUUGCAUGUACUUUUUUUUUCUCCAAAAAUGUUGACUAAAUGAUGACUAAUUUUUCCUCCAGUCAUCUUCUAUCACAUGAGAUCUCAAUAUAGUACAUUAAAGCUGGUUGUUGAGGUAUGAUUAUGU